AUGUUUCCCCUUACUGCUGGGGACCGACGCCCUCAUGUACCGCUGACUGUAUGGUGGGGGCGGGGAGCCAACUGCACCAAGGUUUUGGCUUUAGUGGACACUGGAACUGAAUUGACUGUACUACAGGGUAACCCCUCAAAGUUUGCAGGUCCCAUUGUGAAAAUAGAAGGUUUGGGAGGAAGGAUAACCAAGGCAGUGCAGGUUAAUGUAACUCUAUCUAUUCAUAAAGGCCCAAAGUUUGUGACUAACGCACUGAUUUCAGAAUUACCUGACAAUAUCUUGGGGAUAGAUGUAUUGCUAGGGCAAAGAAUAGAGACUCAGUGGGGGGUGUUCACCUUUGGAUUUCCACACAAGCCUUCCUAUAUCAGAGUUAUCAAAGAAGUUGUGAGGGGAAAUGCCAACUGGACACCUGUGGUAAUUCCUCCUCCUAGUAGUCCGGUAAGACUGAAGCAGUACCGGCUACCAGGAGGACUGAAAGAGAUCAGCGAGACAAUUUCUCAGCUAUUGACAUCAGGUGUAGUUUGUCCUGCAGUUAGCCCAUUUAAUGCUCCUGUGUUUCCUGUCAAGAAGCCGGAUGGCUCUUGGCGCAUGACGAUAGAUUAUAGUGGACUCAAUAAAGUGGCACCACCAUUAAGCGCUGCAGUUCCCAAUAUCGUCUGUGUCACUGAGGACAUAGUCAAGCAGGCCACUGAGUGGCAUGCAGUGAUCGAUUUAGCUAAUGCGUUCUUUUCUAUUCCCAUUGCACCCGAGUCACAAGAUCAGUUUGCUUUUACUUGGGAAGGACGCCAAUACACUUUACAAGUUGUGCCCCAGGGAUACUUACACUCCCCUACAAUUUGUCAUGGAUUGAUUGCAAGGGAUUUAAGCCAGCUCAAACUAAAAACCCCUGUGUUCCACUACAUUGAUGAUAUCAUGAUCACUGGUACCAAGGAAGAAGUGGAACAGACUUUGCCUUUGUUAAUUGACCAUAUGACUAAGAGAGGCUGGGCUAUCAAUCCAGACAAAGUACAGGGUCCGGCCCAGGAAGUAAAGUUUCUAGGAAUGAUCUGGGACGGUCCUGUAAGAAAGAUACCCCAACCUGUGCUGGAUACUUUACAGAACACUCCACCCCCAAAGACUGUUAAAGAAGCGCAAAGAUUUCUGGGUGCUCUUGGCUAUUGGAGGUCAUUCAUACCUCACCUUGGACUGUUGUUAAGGCCAAUUUACAAUGUCACACAUAAGAAAUCGACUUUUGUAUGGGGAACAGACCAAGUUACUGCAUUCAACGCAGCCAAAGGAGCUGUUCUUCAACACCAGGGUUUAGGACCCAUCAAAGCUGGAAUUCCUUUCCAACUGGAUGUGAUGGUGACAGAAAAUGUAAUGUCUUGGGGAUUAUGGCAGCCACAUGAAGUCAAAGACCAGAGGGCAAUUGGGUUCUGGUCCAAGCAACUAACUGGGGCCCAACAACGGUACUCUCCUUUGGAAAAGAACCUGUUAGCUGCAUAUACAGCACUGCUGCAUGUGGAAACCAUAACACUACAAGCACCAGUGUCAGUCCGAACGGACCUACCCAUUGCUGGGUGGGAGUGGUACCUGCAGGAGAGAGGAGGGAUACAGGCUGGAGAAAUUAAAGAACUCUCUAAAAUCUUAAAUGGCUUAGUGACAUACAAGUCCUUGUCACAUCCAAACACCUGUGAAAUACCAGUGCUGCAACCUUCCCCUAUCAAGUCAGCUCCGCCCUAUGACAACUUGACAACAGAACAGAAGCAUGAUGCCUGGUUCACUGAUGGGUCAGCGGUGUUGACCCAUAAAGGAAGAAGGUGGACAGCAGUAGCCUACAACCCUCAACAGGGGAAGAUUGUGCAAGAGCAAGGCAGGGGUGGAUCAAGUCAGUAUGCUGAGCUAGUGGCAAUAGCAUCCCUGCUGGAAGAGACUGACUCACAAGAAAUACAGAUCUAUACUGAUAGCUGGGCUGUUUACAAAGCAUGUACAACCUGGAUGCCCACCUGGAGAACCAAUGGAUGGCUAAUUCAUGGAAGACCAGUGUGGGGAGGUGCAGAAUUAUGGGAGAAGAUCUGGGUGGCUGCCCAGACCCGACUGAUCCAAAUUGGACAUGUUGAUGCCCACGUAGCUGCUAACUUGGAUGAAGAGAACCACAAUGCUGUAGCAGAUGAGCUGACAAGGAUCCGAAAUGUGAAAGCUAGUGACCCUGUAGAUCCGGUGCUGUUGAAGAUGGCAACCUGGGCCCAUGAAACUGGAGGAAACAAGGCCACAUUGGAGUGGGCACGAUCAAGAGGGAUGCCAAUCACCUUGGGACUAGUCACCACUGCUCAACAAGUGUGUGAAGUCUGCAACGAAGUGAACAAGUGGCCACUCACCACACAGACUCAAGGGUAUCUAAAGAAAGGCACAUCAGCAGGCCAGAUAUGGCAACUCGACUACAUUGGCCCGCUACCCAAAGGAAGAGGAGGACACCUUUAUUGUUGUACUGCCGUCGACACUUACACAGGAUUGCUACAGGUGCUACCUUGUAGAAGUGCCAAUCAAGCAGCUACAUUGAAGAUCCUACAGAUAAUUGUGAUGGCUUAUGGGAUGCCAUCUGAAAUUCAAACAGAUAAUGGCACCCACUUCACAGGACAGCUGGUACAACAAUGGGCACAGGACUCAGGGAUUAAAUGGAUAUUCCAUAUCCCCUAUCAUCCCCAAGCUGCGGAGUUGAUAGAGCGGUGCAAUGGGCUUCUAAAAGAACAAAUUAGGAAGCUAUCCCCCAGUAAAAACGCUAAUGAGCUGGGAUCGGGUAAUUACCCAAGCGGUAAUGAUAUUGAACAAUCGACCAAUCGGACAGUUCUCCCCUUAUGA